GCAUAUCCGUGUUUACGUCAACUCCUAGUCGGCCAUUUUGCAAGAAAGACGAGUUUAACGUAAACACUGGUCUGAACUGGUAAAAAAAAGCCCGUUAUUUAUACAUAAUGUCCAUCACACAAAGAUCGAGUGGUCUCGUUCAACGUAAAACGGCCACUGUCCAGAGUGUCGGAGCUGAUGGAGGAGUAGAGGAGAGGGACGAUGAGGGAUAUACCCCAGAUGAAGAAGAAGACCACGACUCUAAGGAAACAAGAUUGACUCUCAUGGAGGAAAUUCUUCUACUUGGACUCAAGGACAGAGAGGGAUACACAUCAUUUUGGAAUGACUGCAUUUCAUCAGGCUUACGGGGCUGCAUUUUGAUAGAACUUGCUCUCCGAGGAAGACUUGAAUUGGAAAAAGCUGGCAUGCGUAGACGGAGUCUUCUGAACCGUAAAGUCCUCUUAAAAUCCUCUAAUCCAACAGGAGAUGUUUUACUGGAUGAAGCACUGAAGCAUAUUAAAGAAACAGAACCAGCUGAAACUGUGCAGAGUUGGAUUGAAUAUCUCAGUGGUGAAACAUGGAAUCCUCUUAAACUAAGGUACCAAUUGAGAAAUGUACGUGAAAGAUUAGCCAAGAAUUUAGUGGAGAAAGGCGUGUGCACCACUGAGAAACAGAACUUUUUAUUGUUUGAUAUGACAACACAUCCACUUACUGAUGGUGGUAUCAAGCAAAAACUUAUUAAAAAAGUGCAGGAAUCAGUGUUAAGUCGCUGGACAAAUAAUCCACAGAAGAUGGACAGAAGAAUGCUUUCCCUCAUUUAUCUGGCUCAUGCCUCGGAUGUCCUAGAAAAUGCCUUCGCUCCAUUAUCAGAUGAUGAUUAUGAAGUAGCGAUGAAGCGUGUAAGAGAGUUAUUGGACCUUGAAUUUGACGCUGAAAGCAUGAAGGAGAGUGCAAAUGAACUCAUGUGGGCCGUGAUAGCCGCUUUCAGCAAAUAGGCUAAAACAAAUCAAGAGGGGAAAAUGUGGGACAUAUAUUUUAUUAGGCAUGCAUUCACAGUGAUUCUUUGGUGUCGUAAAAUACAUUACUUUGUAACCACAUAUUUUGUCAGGAAUAAUUGGCAUGGAAUGAAUGCAUAAUUUUUCCCCUGAAAAUUUCUGAUUGUAAAUCCAUGCUCAGUAUUAAAGUUCCAUGCAAAAAAACUGGCUACAUUUGGAUUUCAGUUCGAUUAAAUUGUUAAGCAUGAAUACAUUAAAUCUCCUAUGAAGAGUAGAAAAAAUAUAAGGUAUGGCGUAACGUCCACUAAUGUAGAUGUAUGUAUAUCAGUUCAUAAACUCCUGUCUUUCAUAUAUCUGUGUUUUUUCAUACACUUCUAUGUAUAGUCACCUGACAACAAAUGACCAGUCUACUCGUGUUAGUGUAGAAAUUUCUUGAGUGUGCCGAUUUUCAUAAAUUGGUAUUUUUGAUUUGUGGGGUGAAAAGUAUCACCAUUUGUCACACUGACAUUCCUGCUGCAUCAGUAUGCAUGUUAAAAUCAUCUUUUGUCUUGCAUGGGUGUUUUUUAAGACACAACUUAAGGAUGUUCAUGUAAAGGUCACUUCAUCUGACCUUUCCAUUUUCUGAGAACUACAUCUUCUAUGAGCCUGUUUGGUGAUGUUGAUCCCAGGGAAACAUACUUUUUUUUUCUGAACACAAUAUAAAUAUAGUUUAGAUAGGCAAUAUAUUGACAUUCACUGGGUGUGAAAAGAACGUUAUUUUAUGCCAUGUGAAUAUUGGGUCCUGAUUUUAUGCCAUGUGAAUAUUGGGUCCUAUGUUUUAAAAUAUCUGUGUUGAAUAAAUAGUGUUGGAAGUCUGAUGUUUCCAAUGCAUCAUAAUUUUUUUGUCCAUGUUACAUUUGAGUGGUAGCACUGAAAAACUAAGUAACUUGUGGUAGAUGUAGUGGAGGUUUUGCAGCUUUUCAUGUGUGUAUAUCUGGAGUUGAUUACUAAAAGUGGCAUUUUAACAGGUAUAAAGAAAUGAGGGUCGGAAAGUCCUUUUAAAAGGUGCACCCACAUUUAAAGGGAAUUUCAAUAAAUAAUGAAUUAUUUCACAUGAAAUGUGCGUAGAUAUUAAUGCCGCGAGGGGGGAGGGGAGAUAUAUAUGGGUUGUGGUUUUAUGAAUAUUUUUGAGGUGCCAAUCAUUAAAUGAUUAUCAAACACACACUAUACAUUUAACACCAUUUCAUGAUAAUUUCUAAUUAGUAAUUGUUUGUGACUAAUAGAUCUUUGUUUGAAACUUGCCUCUAAUGCAAAAUGUUCAUGGAAUUAAAAAAAAUGCCUUAUGUUAUAUGAAUUACAAGUUGAAAGAGAAGACAUUACGCACUUCAACUUAAGAUUGUUGUAGGGGUUCCUGGUGUUGGGAAAUUUUCUUUUCUUAAAUCAGACAUCAGUAUAUGUUCUGUUCGAAGUUUUGGUCUUUUGACAAUCUUUAAUUUGUGGUCAGAAUGACUGAAUCUGAAUAUCUCUGGAAUUUAUUGUUUUUACUGUAUUGAAAAUAAUUUCUUGUGAUUAUUUUGACCUAUUGAAUUUUAUGACUGAUGUAUAUUAUAUGUUGGGGUGUCAUACCUCUCUGCUAGAUGAUUUUCAUCUACUGGUUUUAAUGUUAGCAUGGAUACAUGUGAUUAUGAUUAUUUAUGUACAUGUGCAUUUAUGAAAAGUAAUUUGGUCCCUGGAAUAUGAAACAUGUCAAUAUUCAAAUCCCACUGGCUUACUUGUCUUUAUGUACAUUUAUAUACCUUGUGGUAGUGUCUCCAGAAAUGUAUUAUAUCUUAAUAUUUUACAAUGAAAACAAAAAAAAUGUUCUAUUUCACCAGAAUCUGUACUGUUUUUGUUUAAUGGGUAUAAAUGUAUAUAAGGUAAUUAAAUUUCACUUAUAUUUUGUAUAUAAAGUAGAUUGAGUGUCACUUAACAAGUGCACGAGUUAAGAGCUUGCUUGUAGUAGGCAACUCCUGAGUGGUAUUGGUCUAACAGUACUAUAUCACUGCUUAUAUUAUAAAUUCAAACUAUUGAAUUCCUGUAUUAAAAAGUGAAAUGAAA